AUGACCGAGACAAUGUCCGAAGAUUACGAGGUAGUCCCGAGGAGCGACGGGUCAUGCGAGGACGCGGAAACGCAAGCGGACUUUGGAAUGCCGGGUUGGGAAGCGGCGGUUGCCUCUCUCACUCUCGGAUUCAUCGUUCUAGCUACGGUUCUGGGGAAUUCAUUGGUAAUCCUGAGCGUCUUCACCUAUAGGCCCCUGAGAAUAGUCCAAAACUUUUUCAUCGUUUCACUUGCGGUAGCCGAUCUGGCCUUGGCGAUCCUUGUGAUGCCAUUCAACCUAGCUUACCUCCUUCUCGGUAAAUGGAUCUUUGGUAUACACUUUUGCAAGCUCUGGCUGACAUGCGACGUUCUCUGUUGCACCGCGAGCAUACUCAAUCUCUGCGCGAUAGCUCUCGAUCGUUAUUGGGCCAUUACCGAUCCGAUUAAUUACGCGCAGAAGCGUACGCUGAAGAGAGUUCUUGGAACGAUAGCCGGAGUUUGGCUCCUGUCCGGUGCCAUAAGCUCGCCACCUUUGGCAGGAUGGAACGAUUGGCCGGAAGAACUCGAGGACGACACGCCGUGUCAGCUUACCAGAAGGCAAGGCUACGUGAUUUAUUCGGCGCUCGGCUCCUUCUUCAUACCCUUAUUCCUGAUGAGCCUCGUUUAUCUCGAGAUAUUUCUCGCUACGAGAAGGAGAUUGCGCGAACGUGCUCGACAGAGCAGACUCGGUGCCGUUCAAUCUACGAGACACCGUGAGACCGACGACGCCGAGUCCGUAAGUUCCGAGACGAAUCACAACGAGAGAUCGACGCCGCGGACGCACGCAAAGCCCUCGCUGAUCGACGACGAGCCGACCGAGGUGACGAUCGGCGGUGGUGGCGGUGGUGCCACCGGCAGCGUCACCGGCAAUUCUCGACGAAUCGCAUCUGCCAGCGGUGCUGGACAAACCCCACCUACCACCGCUACGGUCUACCAAUUCAUCGAGGAACGACAGAGAAUUUCUCUCUCGAAGGAGAGACGCGCCGCGAGAACGCUCGGCGUCAUCAUGGGCGUCUUCGUGGUUUGCUGGCUACCCUUCUUCCUCAUGUACGUCAUCGUCCCAUUCUGCCCGGCUUGCUGUCCCUCCAUCAGGCUCGUUUACAUCAUCACGUGGCUGGGUUAUCUCAACAGCGCUCUCAAUCCUCUCAUCUAUACCAUAUUCAAUCUCGACUACAGGCGAGCUUUCCGAAGGCUAUUGCGCAUUCGCUGA